AUGGGCAUGUCCGCGUUCCAUGUCCUACUCUUCCUCAUCGGAGUCCACCACCCGGCCCCUGUAGUGGACGUCACCAAUGAAGGUGAGGUCGACAACAGGCGUGGACAGUCUAGUCUCAUGGUUGCUGCAGCCCGGUGGAAACGACGUGGAGCCGCCAACAUUGGCACCAUUGUCGUCAGACACAGUCCGCACCGCCUUUGCUUCUGCCUCCAUCGUGAUAUGCUCGAAAGGGAGAUUGCGCGCUGCCUCAUUAAUGUGAAGAUGCCACUGCUCACGGCGGAUGGUGCGAGCCGCUGCUUGUCGACGAAGCUCGGAUCAUCCGCGACCAUGACUGCGACGGCCUGCUCGGUUGCCUUCUCGCCGAAGAACCGACCCUCCGCGAGCCUGUGUUGCUCAAGUGCCUCACCUCUCUCUCUCCCCGCACAUCUCUCUCUGUCGAGCCGCCGCCGCCGCCAGCCAUCCUCCCCAUCCGCCGCCACCAGCCACCUCUCGCCGGUCCGGUUCGAGCCCCUCUGCACCGAGCCCGGCCCCGGCCCCGACUCCCCAUCUUCCAAGCCGGCGCGGCCACCGCCGCAGCAGGAGCAGGAGCAGGAGCAGGAGAAUGGCGGGAAGGAGGAGGACGACCAGGGAAGGAAGGGCGGCAUCAACGUAUCAUCCCGGCCCCGGCCCCGGCCCCGGCCCCGACCCCCUUCUUCCAAGUCGGCGCGGCCACCACCGCCACAGGAGCAGGAGAACAGCGGGAAGGAGGAGGACAACCAGGGGAGGAAGGGCGGCAUCAACAUGUCAUCAACGUCCAGUUCCAGUUAUAAGCCAAUAGAGACUAUCAUUCUGUGGCACUUGAGAAGAUGCUCCUGAUUGUGAAGAUGCUCCUGGCUGAGAAGAUGUUCUUGGUUGACAAGAUGUUCUUGGCUGGAAAGAUGUUGCUGGAUGUGAAGAUGCUCCUGGCUGAGAUGUUGCUGGAUGUGAAGAUGCUCUUGGCUGAGAUGUUCUUGGCUGAGAAGAUGCUCUUGGCUGAGAAGAUGUUCCUGGUGUUGUUUUCUUUGUACUCUUCUUUCCUUUGCGAACUUGUCUCUGCUGUGCUGGAGCAUGUGAUGUUUGAGUUGUAGGAGCUGGCUGAGAAGAUGUUGCUCCUGGAGGUGCUGCCA